AUGAAGUUUGCACAAUAUCUACAGGAUACUCAAACGCCUGAGUGGAAAAAGGCCUACAUUGAUUAUCGAGGGCUGAAGAAACGCAUAACCGCCAUCCGUAAGGCCCAACAGGGUCUCAAUUUCCAUAUUGUCGAAACCGACACUCCAGAGGAACUUCCCUCCCCGCCAGCUGCUCCACGACCCUCUAACGCCAAUUCUGACCUCACGAACUCGCUUAAUGCUAAGAAUUCAAUUGACCAAGACAAAUCAAUUGUCGAACAAAAUGCUACACCUCAGCCUCAUUUCUCAAUAGACGAGGGAAAGCGCCAUGCUGCAUCUUCAGCGCCAUCUUUCGGUUUGGGGGAACGUGAGAAGGGCUCGUUUUCCUUGGGCGGGAAGAGGAAUCGCGGCAGGAGCUUUUCAAGUCGAUUAAAUGGAACGGGAGGAAGUUUCCGUCGACAGCCUAAUCCUUUGGCGGCUCUUCCCCUUCAUGAACUACUCCAUCAACUCUCGCCUCAUGAAGUUUCAUUUUUCACGAUGCUCGACGCGCAACUGGACAAAGUAGAGUCAUUCUACUUAGCAAGAGAGAAAGAAAUGCUUGACCGUGGGCACCUGCUCCAGAUUCAGUUAAACGAGCUGCAUGAUCAUCGUAAAUUGUUCUUGAAAGCACACAACAGGCUUCCAUGGGCCACCACUAUUGCGUCAACGAUAAAGAAUAAGAUCAUCCAUCCCGGUCCCAUUCUCAAAGGCAAAGCCUCUUUGCCAAAUGACACUGACAUGUCUGAAAAGGACGAAAAUAAUGACGUAUACGCAGGAACCCCAGCGCUACCCCACAGUCGCGAACGUCUAUCACUCAGCCUCGAGGAGGUACCGCACACUGCGAACUCUCUCGGCAAGCAAAAGGACCUGGAGGAAGAUCCUGGCCAUACUGCCUCUGUGUUGCACGAAAAUGCAGAGCCGACGAAGGAGGAUGGAGAUAGGGAGCAUCCUUUGCCAAUAUCUGCCGACCCAGACAGCUAUCUCUCUGCAAAGAGGAAGCUAAAAAGGGCGGUUUUAGAACACUAUCGAGGUCUUGAAGUACUGCACAAUUAUCGGGUCCUAAACAUAACUGGAUUUCGGAAGGCACUGAAAAAGUUUGAGAAAGUUACUCGAAUCUCCGUCCAAAACCAGUACAUGACGGAGAAGGUUGAGAAAAGUGCUUUCGCCUCGGACAAGGCGAUAAUGGACAUGAUGACCAGGAUGGAGGAUCUAUAUGCUUUGACGUUCUCUCGUGGCGACAGGAAGAAAGCCAUCCGGCGUCUUCGAGUCGGAAACACGUCGAAAAGCCAUCAUUUCAGCACUUUUCGAUCCGGCCUCUAUCUUGGAGUUGCUAUACCUGCCUUAGUAAACGGCCUGGUCAAAGUGUUCCAGGAGGAUACGAGAGAGGACCUCCCAGAAUGGAGCACGUUGCUCUACCUGUAUGGUAUCUUGCUCAUUCCUAUAGUGUUUUCUGUGUUGGUGGGCAUCAACCUGUUGGUAUGGGCCAGGGCAAGGAUCAACUACGUCUUCAUCUUCGAGCUGGAGGUCUUGAGUAGACUUGAUUAUCGAGAGUACUUCGAGAUUCCUAGCAUCCUCUUAUCCACUCUGUGCUACGCUUUCUGGCUAUCUUUCUCGAUGAUAGGAUCCUCGACAAUAUCACCCACCAUCUGGCCGCUUGUUUGGCUAGCAUUCGCUGCUGUGGUCGUGUUUGAUCCUCUACCUCUGAUGUACCGGCCUUCGAGAUUCUGGCUAAUUAGGAAGCUUGGAAGACAGUUCAUGUCGGGAAUGCGGCACGUUGACUUCGCUGAUUUCUGGAUGGGAGAUCAGUUUUGCAGUCUCAUAUUCACGCUGUCAAACAUCUAUACCUUUAUCUGUGUCUACGUCCACGACUUCCCCGGCGGCUUGGGCAAAUGCUCCACGGCCCACACAUGGGGCAUCGCCUUCGCACUCGCGGCUAUUCCAUUGUUCAUCCGUCUCGUGCAAUCUAUCAAACGUUAUGUGGAUUCUCGUCUUAUUACCCAUUUAAUUAACGGUGGGAAAUAUGGUUCUGGCAUUGUCAGCUACUUCUUCUACUUCUACUGGCGACACAGGCAGGAUGACCGCGGCACAAUCUUUGCCCUCUGGUGUCUCUUCAAUUCAUGUUAUUCUAUUUAUGCCUGUGCUUGGGAUCUUUUAAUGGAUUGGUCCUUCAUGCGCCUACAUGUCAAAUAUCCCCUUCUUCGGCCUGAACUAGUCUAUACCAAUCAGAUUUAUGCCUAUUAUUUUGCUAUCUUCUCUAAUAUUAUAAUCCGAUUCCUCUGGGUGAUCCUGAUUCCCCAGCGUGGGCCCAGUAUCACAUUACGAUCUUUCAUUAUUGGUUUCCUGGAAAUGCUGCGGAGGUGGCAAUGGAAUUUCUUUCGCUUGGAGAACGAACACCUAGGUAACAUGGACCAGUACCGUGUUACUCGAGAAGUUCCGCUUCCGUAUUCCUUUGACGAUCGCAGCCAGGAAGACGAUAAUGACGACGAAGACCAGCAUCUCAAGAAAAAACGACGGUAG